AUGCCUCCCGAUCGUCCUCGAGAUCGUCCUCUAGCAUUUUAUGCACCUCAAGUUACCGGCAAUAGCAAACUCCUCGCCGAAUUCGAGCACACAUGUCGUGUCUGCAACAACUUCAAGCACUGUGAAGACUUCGAAAGAGUGCACGCGUUAGAGGCCCGUCGCAACCCGCGAACCCGAGUCCGCGGUGACCCUGAAUUCUACAUCAUCGAGAUUUUCACGAAUCACCUCCUCCGCGAUGGCAAGGAUGGUGACGGCGGCCUGGAUGGCGAGAAAAUCGAUGAUGCCGACAGGCUCCGAGACUGCCCAUACUGCCGAUUGUUAUUCGAUUCUCUCAAUCAUUUCUUCAAAGAUAGUACCGUAAACUGGAGAGAGGAUGCCCGGGAGAACCCUACCCUCAUUGUCCAAGUCAAGGUUCGGCCUGGUCAGCCCCUGAUUCUGAACUGCGCUACGGCCUUUAUUGUUCACCACGAAUUCACUCUUGUUCGAGCCGAUCUGGAAGUCUUCAUAAUGGAUCGGGGUUCCUUAACCGACUCUGACUUUCCUCGCGCGGAGCUGACAAGCCCGGAAGAUGAUGACUCGCACAAGCAUCGUGCAAGUGAAGGCUUUUUUCGAUACUGGUUCCGAGGCUGCUCGCGUUAUAAGGACGCCACCGAUCAAUGCUAUAACACUCCUAACCGAUUGUUAUAUAUUGACUACGACAACGAUGAAGUCGUAUUGUGGGAGUGUCUCUCCAACCCUCCCGGGUUUCCAGAUGUCCCGGAUCCGAUAGAGUACGCGACGUUGAGCCAUACUUGGCUCAACACUGACCCAGGGGUUCCUAAGCUCCUCACCUCUAAUAUGGACGAGUGGAAAGAGGGUCAGACGAUUUCCGGCUUGCCAGCAGCCAUUAGAGACGCUGCCAGAGUUGCCCACCUCAACGAUAUUCAUUUCCUCUUCAUAGAUUCCAUGUGCAUCAUCCAGGAUAAUCAUGAGGAUCUGAGAGUGCAAAAUCCCAUGAUAAGCAACUACUUUCGGGAUUCCAUUCUGACCAUUGUCGCGGCAUCCGCUGUUACACCAAAUGACGGGUUUCUCCAUCCUCCAAAGAAGGACUGGAUCACAAAGAAGCUUCAAUUUGUAGCUCCAAGCGGCGCCGAAGCUACCAUGACACUGCGCAGGAAAUACUCCCGUCCGGAGACUUCCUUCGAUGCCCUCGACAAGGCGUCGCAUAUUGUCAGCGUUGCUCCCGGGUCGUUUCGACGAACCGGCCCGCUCUAUGGGCGACAUUGGUGCCUUAAUGAAGGCCUCUUGGGUACUCGCGUGAUCCAUUUUACGUCGGGAGGCAUCAUGUGCCAGUGCAGACGUCAUGACUGUACUCGCGAAGGAGUGAAGGAGUAUGACAGGUCUGAUUGGUCUCGAGGGAUGCCGGAGCGAUACGGGGCACGCGAUGCGUCGGAACUGUGGUUUCAUGCUGUCGAAUUCCACACCUCGUGUAAGAAGCUCCGCGGAGAAGAUAGGCUCUCCAAAUUGUCUACCUUGGCCUCCAUGUCCGACAUGGGCAUUCAAGACCGGUAUGUCGCAGGCCUUUGGUGGAAGAGCAUGACCACGGGUCUGCUAUGGGAAGUGAGCUUGCGCCGAUCACAAACUAACACGAACGUGACCAAGAUAACCCUGCCAUUCACCAAGCAAAAGGCGCCAUCUUUCUCCUGGGCCUCUGUUGACGCUCCGGUUGUGUGGCGAGACAAUUACUGGACUUCCAGGGCUGAGGCAAGAGUAAUUGGAUGUGGCAGCAUCCCAACGGAUCCCGAUGACCCAUGUGGCAGCGUUAAUGGGGCUUGGAUUCGUAUGGAAGGUUUCAUGUUCAAAUGUGAAAUCAGCCAGACGCUCGAGGGUGCUGGCGGAGAUCGCUUCCAGUAUGCCUACUUUCGUGGCAAGGACGAUAACAGGAUCAAGGCAUAUCCUUUUGUUGGAGACGGUGCACUUGUCACGGUCAAGGCCAAAGGUGCCUUGGACCGGCUGCGCAAAAGACAUGUUUCCAAGAUUUCACGGCGCUUACGCAAAAAGGGGUUUCUGAAAGAAAGAGAAAUCAACCCUCUCCAUACGCGUGCAUUCUUGGCGCGGAACCAUGACGAAUUCAAGCCGAAUAGGCUGGGACCCAAAACAACUAGGGGGGUGGCGUUUAUACUCUGCAUCAGACAAAGAGGAGAUUAUGACGAACAUCGUGAAGGAAUCGUGUUCGAUAGGUGGGAUGGGUUGGUGUUGACCCGCUCGAUGAGGUAUCCUGGAGCCCUUGAGCGGAUCGGCUGCAUCAGAGAUGUGCCCAGUACGUUGCUUGAUUUGAAGGAUCAGUUUUAUGGCGCCACAAUAGUGUAG